CGGGUUUAUGUCGUGACUGGAGGUGCACAAGGACUCGGCCUUGAGCUUUCCAAGACACUCGCCAUACGAGGCGCCAACACGUUUGUCAUCGACCGCAAUCCGGCUCCAUCCGACGACUUCCACCGGGCUCACGAGCAAGUCCAAGAUGAUGGCCAGGGCACUCUUCGCUACCUCAACGCGGACGUCUGCGAUGCCGAGGGUCUGGACCUGGCGUUCGAAGCCAUUGCAGCGGAGCAUGGCAGGAUGGACGGUCUCGUGGCGGCUGCAGCAAUCCAGAACGUCACGCCAGCAUUGAAGUUUCCGCCAGAGAAGAUCACGGAGAUGAUGAAAGUGAAUUUCAACGGCGUGUACCACUCCGCUCAGAGCUGUGCGCGGAUGAUGCACAAGUACCAGACGCCUGGUUCCAUGGUACUCGUGGGUUCCAUGAGCGGACUCAUUGCGAACAGAGCUCUGUUUUGCUCAGUCUACAACGCAUCCAAAGCUGCCGUGAUUCAGCUCGGCCGCAGCCUGGCAAUGGAAUGGGGUCAGGCGAUCGAUGGCAAACCGAUUCGAGUCAACGUGCUGUGUCCAGGCAACAUAGUCACACCCAUGGCGGAGCAGAACUUCCGUGACGAUCCUAGCUUGAGAGCGAUUUGGGAGAACGGGAACAUGAUGGGCAGGCUCAGCACGCCGGAGGAGUAUCGUGGUGCGGUCUUGUUCAUGCUGAGCGAUGCUUCUUCGUUCAUGACGGGAUCGCACAUGGUGAUUGAUGGAGGCUAUACGGCUUGGUGA